AUGCCUCUAGAUAUUGUCAAUCUAACUUCCCAACCCAUUACCUUCGAAGUAAAGAAGAAAGCAGGACGCGGACAGAGGAUAGUCAUUCCCGCACAUGGCAGAGUCGAAGUCAAGAAGCCGAAACACGGCUUCUCACUCGUUCCCUGGGACCUAAACAAUGCAGCGCUUGAGAAGAAGCCUUCAAGUGAAAACUCUGCAUUGCUCGGCUCGGCAUCCCAUACUUUUAGUUUGAGGCGACCGCUCAGUUUCGGUGCUGCAAUCCAGAUGCUGACUGGCUCAGAUGCUUCCCCGUGGCUGGUGUACAAGUGCAAGGUCGAGAACCGCAGAACAAUACAUAUCGUCAAGGAGCGAGAUAUGCGCUCAUAUCUCUCUGAUUUACCGGACGCGACCUCCUUGACUGACCUCUGCCUACCUGGCACGCAUGAUACUAUGGCAUUCUACGGCUGGCCAAUUAGUCAAUGCCAAGCGUCGGACACGCCGCUACCUGUACAACUUCAGCAAGGCAUACGUAUACUGGACAUACGACUGGCCGUGAUCAAAGGUCGCCUAAUCGCAUACCACGGCGCAUACCCUCAGCGAACUACCUUCGCUUCGAUUCUUGCCACUUUAUCGACAUUCUUGCACUCGGCUGCGAGCCGUCGAGAGACGCUCAUUGUCAGUAUCAAACAAGAGGACCGCGGUGGCGACUUCUCGCGCUUGGUACGCGAAGAGAUCGAACACGGGCCUGGCGGGAUGGGCAUGUGGUGGCUCGAAAACAGGAUUCCAGCUCUCGGCGAAGUGCGCGGCAAGGCUAUCCUCUUCAGUCGUUUCGGCGGCAACGGUGCGGAUUGGCCGGGCGGUCUCGAGGGCAUGGGCAUCCAUCCUACCACAUGGCCGGAUAGCGCGAAGGAAGGCUUCGAGUGGUGGUGCAAAGACACCAUGGUACGAACACAGGACUGGUAUAGCAUCCCGAGCUUCCUGGACAUACCUGAGAAAACCGCCCUCGCGGUUGAAGUUCUGAAGCCGCCACAACAAGCGCCGAUGCCCGUUCUCUCGAUCUCAUUUUUCUCCGCUGCUUCACCGCUUGCUGUACCACCUCUUGUGGCGACAGGAUGGGGAUGGCCGAGCAUUGGUCUCGGCGUGGAAGGCGUCAACUCACGUAUCUCGCGAUUCUUGCUGCGCCAACUCGGGAUGGCUGCAAGAAGAGUUGCGCCCGACGAAGAGCCGAAGGCGCCGACGGACGAACCUCUUAUACGUGGUUGGACGUUCAUCGACUUUUACCGGCUUCCUUCCGGCUCAGCUAUUGUUCCUCUUUUAGUGGAAUGUAACUUUAUUGGACGUUGA